GCCUUUUCUAUUCAAUUUUCAAGUUUUCUUAUUCCCUAACUCCCCUCUAGUUUUCCUCCCCCUCUCCAUGAUUUCAGAUUCUGUCAUAGUUUUUCUACUUGCUCCGUUCUUAAAUCUGAAAGUCCCCUGUUUCUCGUUUCCUUAGUUUCUCACCCCCAAAAUCCCUAAAUACUUUACUAGAGUUUUAUAAACCCUGCAUCUAUGAAUAUUGUUGCUGGUGGAGUGGUGACAAUUUCUAUGGAUGUAUUACGAACUAUUAUGAGGGAAAUGGUACAAGAAGCAAUGUAAGAUAUUAUGAACCCAGCAACGAAAUGUUCAGAGGCAAUCUGAAGGGAAUGAGGUUCCAGAGGGGAUUGGGUUGUUUGAGGACCCUGAAUGUCAAGCCAAACUGAAGCAAUUUCAGAAGUGGCAUCCACCUACCUUUGGGGGUACACAAGACACAAAACACAAGUCCAAAGAAAUCUAGCUGUGAUUAGAGAACCUGACAAAGAAGUCCACGGGGCGGCAGACGGGGAGGCAGACGUAGCAGCAGACAGGGCUGAAGAGGGAGCAGCAAGCAGAUCAGCAGACGGAGCAGCAACCGGAGCAGCAGACAGAGCGGCAGACGGAGCAGCAAGAGUGAUUGCUGAAUCUCCUAUCAAAAGGGGAAGGUCUAUGAUGUUUUGGCUAAGGCAUGGAGAAACUCUCAGGAAGUGGAGCCCUGCCGGAAGAGUGAUUGCUGAAUCUCCUAUCAAAAGGGGAAGAUCUAUGAUGUUUUGGCUAAGGCAUGGAGAAACUUUCAGGAACCGUUUGGUAGAGAAUAAGAAUGAAGAUGUACCUGAUGAAGAAGUCGACGGGGCAGCAGCUGUUGCAGCAGUGGCGAAGAGGACGAGGAUUAGCAGGGGUAUGAGAAAGAUUGCAGUUGCAGAGGUCAUCGCCGGAGACGGGGGAGAUUGGAGAUGCUGGGAUUGGGAGAGGCCUCUUUUUUUGGUGAAGCUCAUUUUCUUCAUAACCAAACCUGAUAUCAUUUUUUUAUUUAUUUUGAAAUUAGUUAAGGAAGAGCUGAUCUGAUUCUGACAGAUGCUUUAAUGUCCUUUUAAUAAUUAAAAGAUAGUCAA